CCCGUCUCAAAGUUUACUCUGGAACAGACAGAGGCGCCACAGCCUCCUUCACUUCCCCUCCAGGACUAAGACAAAGCUGUAGCGUGUGUGUGCGCCAUGAGGGUGCUGUGGGCGUCUGUGUGUGCGUGCCUGGCGGUGACGGAGGCUGGCAGGUGGGCGGAAGCGGCGCAUCACGAACUCAAGAUCGACAUGGACCGAAUGGAAGAGAGGAGUAAUUUUUUCAGUAACGAUAUGACACUCGAAUUUAGCACGGACGCAGGAAUAGACAGUGAAAGCACCACUGAGAGUACUACAUCGACGGAAACCACACCUUUGCCUACCACCACUGCCGCUACCAGCACCGCCACCACCGCCACUAUCACUGAGAUGACAACCUCAUCUCCUCCGAAUGUCGAUGACAUACGAGUACUACCCUCGGACUGCGCAGACCUCCUAAUGGCUGGGGUCAAGGUCAGCGGGGUGUAUUAUAUCUACCCGUUCACAUGCACGUGCAGUGGGCCCAUACAGGUGUGGUGCGACAUGGAGACCGAUGGCGGUGGUUGGACAGUGUUCCUUAAGCGACAAGGGCAGACCGAUCAGCUCGACUUCAACCGCACGUGGGAGGAAUACAAGGCAGGCUUCGGCGACCCCUAUGAGGAGUACUGGUUGGGUCUGGAAAUGCUUCACAUCAUGACCUACGGCCGCAUGUACUCCGUCCGCCUCGACUUGGAAACGACGGAACUUAAGCGAGAGCACGCCACAUACGAAAACAUAAAAGUGGACUCGGAAGAAGAAAAGUACAAGGCGAUUCUGGCCGGGAGGGAAAACGGGAGUCCCAAAACCAGGUAUUGUUUCCGGUACUGGAGCUACAAAUUCUUCACCAGUAUUGACCGGGACUACGACUCUUACCAUCAAGGUAACUGUGCGAACAUGCUAGGAGGCGGCUGGUGGUACUACAACUGCAAGUACUUCAACCCCACCAGCACUUACAAGGAACAUAUUGAACUGACCUGCCCCUACUCGGUACAGCUGAACGUGACGCGCCUGCAGCUCAAGAUACGACCCGCUCUGUGUGACGCGCCUUUCAAGGCCAUCCACCUGCGGGACAUGAGUUGUGGGUGUUAAGGAUGAAGACACGCGGCCUCCUGAGUAUUACACCACAUGAGGCAGCUCCUUAUUUGUUAUCAAAGUUAAUCAGUUUGAGCUUGAAGUGGGAAUGAUUUAAUUUCUUAAGAAGCUGUUUUACCUUCACGCCGUACCAGUGUGAAGCAACAAACAUUAUAAUAACAUAUUUGGUGUAUGAAUGUAAUCAAUAUCAUACUAAAUGUAAAUGUCUGUAUGUAUGCAACCUUCAUCCAAGUAAAUUUAAAUCACAA